AUGGUUAUUAGAAGCUCAAUCUCCAACACAAGAAAGUUCUUCCACAAAACAAUCGACAACUUCAAAUCAUUCUUCUCCAACAAUGGUACCUAUCACAAACUGCCCAAAACACCUAACAACACCUCCAUCAACAAUCAUCAUCAUCAUCAUCACCCAAACCCCAAUAUCGUCACAUCCUCAUCAUCCAUACCCAAGCAGUUUCAACCUAACUAUGUGAUAAAAAACAGAUCUUUGAUUCAACAACCAAGAAGAGGAGAUAUAAACGAGACUCUCUUUUCCAAACCAAAGGUUGGGCUUAUUCGUCGAAAGCUAGAGGAGAUGGAGAAGAUGAUGAAUGAUGAUAUCAUAAAAGAUGAGGAACAUGUUGCAGAUGUUAGAGAGUUUCUGCAUUGCUACUCUCGUCUUCGUUGCGCUGCUUACCUCGAUGUGGUUGAGCACUUUUUCAUGGAGGUAUACUCUGACUUCUUUAGCUCUCAGCCUCUCGAGCACACCAGAGCGGCCGUUCGAUCCACGGCUGUUGAGGUUAGAUCCUACGGUGGCGAGAAGCACUGA